AUGGCUCCGUCUGAAAGGACUACGUUCAUGAUGCAAAGCCUGCCUAUGCCCAGCAUUAGAACAAGCAGCGUUUUGCAAUCAAAUUAAUAGUGUUAAGAUGGCAGAAUAACCAUGGGAGACUGGAAUUUCCUUGGAGGCAUUUUAGAGGAGGUCCACAUUCAUUCCACCAUUAUUGGGAAGAUUUGGCUCACUAUCCUCUUUGUAUUUCGAAUGCUUGUCCUCGGAGUGGCAACUGAGGACGUCUGGAAUGACGAACAAUCAGAAUUUAUCUGCAACACUGAGCAACCUGGCUGUAGAAACGUGUGCUAUGAUGAGGCCUUCCCUAUCUCCCUCAUAAGGUACUGGGUCUUGCAAGUUAUCUUUGUGUCUUCCCCUUCUUUGGUGUAUAUGGGUCAUGCCUUAUACAGACUAAGAGCCUUAGAGAAAGAGAGACAAAAGAAGAAAGCUCAGGUAAGAGCGGAGCUUGAAAGCACUGAAUUGGAAAUGACCGAAUAUCGGAAAAGGCUGGAGAGAGAACUCCGGCAACUGGAUCAAAGGAAGCUGAACAAAGCACCCCUGCGAGGCUCUUUGCUCUGCACUUACGUGAUACAUAUUUUCACUAGGUCUGCAGUGGAAGUUGGUUUUAUGAUUGGGCAAUAUCUGCUUUAUGGGUUUCGGCUGGAUCCCCUUUACAAAUGUCAGAGAGAUCCAUGUCCAAACGUCGUUGACUGCUUUGUAUCAAGACCGACAGAAAAGACAGUGUUCAUAUUAUUCAUGCAAUCGAUAGCGACUGUGUCGUUGGUUUUAAAUGUCUUGGAAAUUAUCCACCUAGGAUUACGAAAAAUUAAAAUGGGUCUUUGUGGGCAGGAGGAAAACAAGGGUGGCCAUGGCAAUUUCUACAUAAACAAAUCUAAGAAAUACUCUGUGAUACCACGCUCUUCUUUGGGAAUACCUGCAACCCCUCCAAAAACUCUUCCUUCUGUACUUAGUGGUUAUGCAUUUUUAAUGGAAAAGCAAACCGACACUGCCAUCUACCCGGUUCUAAAUUCUCCUCCCAUGUUUCAGUCUAUCCAAAAUAACCAUACAGAAAAUAGCAGCAACUACACUCAUCACAAUCAGGAAAAUAAAUUGCCGAGGAAAAGGCCAGCUACAAGUGCUUUAAAUGAUCAGAAUCAAAAUAUUAGCACAAAUAAUGAGGCCUUGCCUAGCAGGCCUGAGACUGAAGCAAAUAAUUCUCAGAAAGAAGCUGAUCAGAAACAUUUCCUUGCUGGUACACAGAAUGCAGAUACAGCUCCAAGUAUGUGCUUGAGAAGCUUUGCUGAAAUGCCAUCGCAACCGUCUCUGCAACCUUGCACUUUUCCAGCUGCCAGCUUCAGAAGGCAGCAAGGAAUCGUUUCCUCCUGGAACUGCUCCGCAGCCGUCGAGAGUGCCGGCUCUUCCACGAAUUCUCUCACAAAGAGCAGCAGCAGAAGACAAAGCAGUCUCAGUGCAAACCAAGGCCAGCCACCUUCCAAAACCGACAUCAGAAAUCCCAGCCGCCCAGACACUCCCGACUCCGUCGGGGAGGCGAGCUCCGGCUCCCACCAGAGCAGGGGCUGCAGCAGCCCCCAGCUGCUCCCCGUGUCCGGGCGCCCGUCCCUGUCCAGCAGUGCCGGCAGCCGGCGUGCCCCCACCGACCUGCGCAUAUAG